UGUUGUGAGUUGUCUGGUUACAAUAUUGCUGAUAGCUUCGAAAUCUGCAGCAGUAAGGCUUUGAAUGAUCAGGUGUUGUGAGAAUUUUGUCGCCUAACAUUUCCAGUGUCAACAACGAGGUCAGAAAACGCAACGUCGGUGUCUUCAGCGUAAGAGAGCGGAAGCCGGAAGAAAGUCCUGCGCGCGCAUCUUGGCAGAGGCAGUGAAGUGACAUGGCAGCAACCUUUGGACCACAUCAGAUAUUUUUAUAGUAGGAGCUGCUACUGCAUUAAUGACAUCACAAGGAUACAGGUCUCUCGAAGACACCACAACAAUAGACAUGGAUGAAAUUCCAUUGCUGAUCAUUGGAAAAACUGGAAAUGGUAAAAGUUCUCUGGGAAACGCAAUACUAAGAAACGCAAUACCGGGAAAACCCAAGUUCCAAGUGUCAACCAGCAUGGCUUCAGAAACCACACGAAUGUCUCAAGCUGCGGGCUCGGUAUUUGGAAAGCAAAUAAAGGUAAUCGACACUCCUGACCUAGUUAACCUCGACCUUAGUGAUGCAGAAAUUUAUGAACAAGUUUCCCACUGGAAGUUGCAUGCUGUGGGCAAGUUCGCCAUCUUGCUGGCGGUGAGGUGUGACGUGCGCUACACGGCGGAAGAAUACGACAUCUACAGGAAAAUGAAGAGAGCAUGGGGAGACAACUCAUUCACUAACCACCUGGUGGUGGUCUUCACGUUUGGAGACAGACAGGACAGAGACAUUCACGAGGAGCUGAAGACAGUUUGCUGGGAACUGCGCAGUGUCCUGGCUGAUGCUGGGAACCGCUACGUCCUCUUCAACAACCGGGAUCUUGACAGUGGACCUCAGGUACUGCAGUUGCUAGAUAUCGUGGACUCUAUCGUACCACCACCUUCUCCACCCAGCCCAUAUCUGAUUGCAUUUGUGUUACUCCUCGUCAUCUUUAUCAUUGCUCUUUGGUUUGGUCUCCCUUGGAAUUACGAACUGAAAACUCCAGUGUUUUUUGUUAUCUUUGUCAUGAUUCUUGUUGGCACCAUCGGCUUUGUUUACAGAAGAAGAUUAGUCAACUAUAUAAACUUCGCCAUGCUAAUGUAAAUAUUUCCCAUCAUUUUUGUUCUCAUCCUGUCUCCGCUAAAAGUACUAACAUUUAGUUCAAGAUGACACUUAGUGGAAUAGUUUAUGUCACUUAUGAGCUUAUUAUAAUUAUAGCGAGGGCGCUUCGCACAUUGUGUUGUCACCUGAAGACCAUUUUUAAUACUCAGAAAUAGCAUUUAAGAGCUAGAGAGGCUAAUGUUAUAGCAGUACAGGUAGAUUUGUUUCGAAUAUUUUAACAUAUUAUUUAAGUAGCGAUUUAAUUUUAUUUUGUAACUAGUAACUUAGUUAUCCAAUUCAUUUAUUUCCAACUCAUUGUCCUUGAAUGCAGAAGUUUGGGUAAAUAGGUUAUAUUAAUAGAUUUAACACAUUUUUAUACUUUGUUAAUCUGAAUAUCCCUUAAUGCACUAGUAUUUGUGAGGGUUGUAGAUGUUUUGCUAAGAGGAUUGUGACUGUGAUAGAGUGGUAUUUACUACAGAUUGUAAACACUGCAGUGUACUCUGUAUAAGUAAAGAAAUCUUAUCUCUAAAUUUCUGAACAAAAGUUACAGUAGUCAUGAUGACAUUAAAGCUGAUAGUAUUUUUAAUUUUUGUCACAAAUAUAUUUGGACUUGUUUGUUUUACGUUUCAUGUAAAGCUAGAUAUUGCUGGAUUCAUAUCAGAAUGGUUAAGUAGCGUCGAAAAUGAUUUAAGUACACGGGUGUAACACAAUGACUAACAUGAUUAAGACUACAUGGAAAGGUGUGACCGUCAGUCUGAGAAUAAAAUUAAUAAGUGUAGAGCCAGACAGACGACAACGACACCACAUCCUCCCAGCAUGUAGUAAUAUCAUAUUUCGAUAACAUCAGAGCCUGCCAGUUGGAAAGCUAUUUCUGUAUCUUUGAGUUUAAACUUUGUAACUAAAGAUAAUUAUUGUUUCACUUUUCUUUAGAUUGAUAGUGUUUCUGAAUAAAACAUUCUAUAUUUUAAAAUU